GUGAAAUCUAUAACAGUUAGUUACCGUGAAAUCACCAGGAACUCAAGCCAUGUUUUUAUCAUCCAUGGACCAAAUGCCAUCCAGCAGCCUCGCCAGAUAUCUAGAUGGGGAAUUCUGUGAGAUUAAACAUGCUUUUCGCGACGCGAUUUCAAAGAGUGAACUGUUUCAGUCCAGCUGUUAUGAACGAACUCUGGAUCAGAACAGAGAUCUGACUGCAGACAGACUCUCUCACAUUUUGAGACUGCCAGUCAUGAAGGAACAUCUUAAAAACCAGCUAAAGGAGAAGCAAAAAGGCUUUAUAAACAAAAGUAUGAGCAUCACCGAAGUCGUCUGCGCUGCCGACAUGAACACAGGGGUCAAGCUCGGUGUUGUGUGCGGACUGUACGGAGGUGCUGUCAAUAAUCUGGGCAGUCCAGAACAGAAGAUCAAGUUUUAUCUCCCUGUUUCAGAGUUACAGUUCACGGGGAUGUUUGCUAUGACUGAGAGGGGUCAUGGUAGCAACGUUCGAGGCAUUAUCACCGAGGCCCGAUAUGAUCAGGCCACGCAGGAGUUUAUUAUUCACACACCUUCCGAAGACGCUCACAAAAUGUACAUCGGGAACGCAAUGAAAGGAAACUUUGCUGCUGUAUUUGCUCAGCUCAUCAUUAAUGGAGAAUCUCAGGGUCCUCAUUGCUUUGUUGUACCAAUCCGUGAUGAGAAUGGAAUCAUGUGGCCUGGAGUGACUGUCUCUGAUAUGAAGCACAAGGAAGGUCUGCAUGGAGUUGACAAUGGCAUUUUGAUAUUUGAUAAUGUUCGGAUACCAAGGGAAAAUCUGCUGGGAAAGUUUGGCUCAGUGUCAGCGGAUGGUUUGUACUCGUCUCCUGCUCUUAGAGGUAAUCGAUUUAAUGCAAUGCUGGCGGCGCUGACACCGACUCGUCUCGGCCUCACCGUACAAGCCAUGGCUGCUAUGAAGUUGGGGCUCAUCAUUGCUGUUCGCUACAGUCACAGUCGCAGGCAGUUUGGGCCGAAGGAUCAGGAAGAGGUGAAGAUCAUGGAGCACCAGACACAGAAUCUGAGACUGAUGCCACAUCUGUCUGCAGCCCUCGCUCUCACCUUCACCUCAAGAUACGCAGCAGACUUGAUGGACGAUGCUUUAUGUAAGGGUGAAGACCUCCAGAGUAACCGCGCUCUGCAGGCGCUGGUGGCCGGACUCAAAGCCUACAGCACAUGGGCCAAUGUUGCGUGUUUGCAGGACUGUCGUGAGUGCACAGGCGGCAUGGGCUUCAUGAUGGAAAACCGUAUCCCGUCUCUAAAGUGCGAUUCGGACGUCUUUGUCACAUUUGAGGGUGACAACAUGGUCAUGCUUCAGGUGGUGGUUCGAGAACUGCUGACUCAGUACACCAAACAGAUGGGCAACAACCUGGUGAUGGGACUGAUCAGAAACUUGACCAGCUCAGCGUCAGACAGCCUUAGAACAAGCUUUCUUGGCUUCAGCGUGGACAAAGUAGGAGACCUAAUGUUCUUGCUGAAAGCCGUGCGCUACAGGGAAAGAGUGUUACAGCGCAGUCUAGCGAGUCGACUUUACACCAAGGUGGACAAAAACAAAGAGGAGUUCUUUAUGGCCUGGAACUCUUGUUUACAUCACGUGACCACUUUGGCGUUGGCACACAUACACCGAGUGACCUUGGAGCAGUUUGCUCUCGCCGUUCGAGACUGCCAAAUCAAAGAGGACCGUGCAUUGCUUAGCAAGUUCUGCCUCCUUCACGGCACAAGUCUGGUGUACCAGGAGAGAGCCUGGUAUCUGGAGCACAAGUACCUGUCCCCUGCUACCAGCCGACAGAUCCGCAGCCAGCUUUUGGAGCUGUGCAGAUCAGUGAAGGAUGAUGCGCUGAAGGUGGUGGAUGACUUCAACAUACCGUCCUGCUGCAUUCAGGCUCCGAUCGCUGGAAUCGCCAACCCUAGAGCCGAAUGGGCCUUUUAUCCGAAGCCAGAAUAUCCCAGCAGCACCCAGCCACUGUCUAAACUCUGAGGGAUGAUAUUUAAAGGGAUAGUUCACACAAAAAUGUACACUCUCACUCUUUAGUCUUCCUCAAGUGGUUCCAAACUUUGAAUGAGUUUCUUUCUUCUGUUAAACACCAAAGAAGGUAUUUUAAAGAAAGAUGUAAACCGGUAACCAUUGACUUCCAUUGUAGCAAAAACAAUAGAAGUCAAUGGUUACCGGUUUUCGGCCUACUUCAAAUUAUCUUUUUUUGUGUGUGUGUGUGAUUAAAAAGUCAAAACAAGUUUGGGUAACACUUUAAGUCACAAUUCACAGCAUUUACAAAUCAUUAAUCACCACUAUUAGCUUACUAAACUAUUAAUUAGCUGCUUAUUAUUAGUUCGUAAGGUAGAAGUUGGAUCUAGGUAUUAGAUAGGGUGUAGAUUAUUCUUUAUAACUACUAAUAAACAGUUAAUAUCUUAAUAAUAGACAGGUAGUAAGCGAGUAGUUAAUAGCAUGAACUGUGACAAACUAAAAUGUUCCCCAAGUUUGGAAUAGAGAGUAAAUGAUGACAGAAUUGUAAUUUUUGGGUGAACUAACCCUUAUGGAGUGAUUAUAAUGAAGUGAUUUCAGGAGGCUGGAGGGGUAAAGCAUUCAUUGGAGCACAAACUGUAUGAACGCAUACUUUUUAGCGCAUAUUGAAAUCUGAUAUAUGACAGUAUAUGGAAAUUACAUUCAUGACAAGUUCAUGUUUGAAUUUCGCAUGCUAGAUGAUAUGAAGAUAUGAAAUAUAUGUCAUAUAUGCAACAUAUAUUGCAAAAAUGGCCAUUUACAUGUGCUGUUUUGGUAAAACCAAGAGUGGGUAGAGUAUCCAAAAUCUCAACCUAAGCUCAUUUUUGAUACGUACCCCUAAAUACAUUUCUGGAGAGCGCCAAAUAUGGAUCUACGUUUUUUUGCAGUUGUGGUUUCACAAAUCCACAAGAGGUCACUGUGUACGCUUUUUCAGAUCUCAAAUUUCCCUUGCGAGUGCCAUUUAUGCCUGCUGUUCACGCGUAAAUCCACCAGAGGCCGCUGUCUACUGACUGAUCGACUGACUGACCAAUCACCCGACCGACCCCCUUCCCUAAACCCAACCAAUAGCGUUUUCAAAAGCAAUCCAGAAAAAGAAAAGUCCUCGCGGCCGCUUGAUUUUUACUAUGUUUUCAGAUCUUACCACAUUCUCACCCUGUUAUUUGCCUUUUGUUUUUGAUUUACCUGCUUUCUGGAACCAUUCUUCGCCAGACACAAACCCCGUUCUCACGGUCAACACCUCUCUGCAUCUUAAGUUCGAUGACGUACACGGCGAGCUACUGGGCAAACUGGUAACAGCGGGAAAGCUGUCCACAUGGAGGUAAGCGGUCAGCUGGUAGCGUGAAAAGAAACAGAAGCUCUCUGUGGCGUCAUAGCGCCACAUAGGGUUCAUUUGAAAGAUGAAAUACAGCCAUACGUAGCUUUGCCUACAUCAGGCAUGUCCAAGCUCGGUCCUGGAGGGCCGGUGUCCUGCAAAGUUUAGUUCCAACCCCAAUCAGACACACCUGGGCUAGCUAAUCAAGCACUUACUAGGCUUUCUAGAAACAUCCGUGCAGGUGUGUUGAGGCAAGUUGGAGCUAAAAUCUGCAGGACACCGGCCCUCCAGGACCGAGUUUGGACACCCCUGGCCUACAUAAUUCGCACUCUCCAGAAAUGUAUAUGGGGGUACGUAUUCAUAAUGAGCCUGUGUUGCAAAAUCUAUACUAAAAGUGAAAGUACAGUAUUUUGGUAGAGCAUCCAAAAUAAAAUCUAAUAAAAGUAGUACAAGUACUUGAGAACGUUUGCGUUAAAAUGUUAAAAGUAAUAAUUAAAGUAAAAGUAAUAAUCUUAAAAGAGUAAAAAAAAAGUAUCAGAUGAAAAAAUACUCAAGUAACUAGUUACUUUUAAUAUUUUACAUUAUUUUUAUACCUACAGUAUACAUCCAUCCAUACAUACAUCUAUCCAUCUAUCCAACCAUCCAUCCAUCCAUCUAUCCAACAAUUUUACUCAAUUAAAUGUAAUGAAGUAAAUUACAUUUCCCUCCUCUGGGAGACACUUUUGUAUAGGGACCGAUUCUUAUUUUUAUCUAGUAGCUUAUUUACAUGCAGGGCUGGGCGAUUAAUCGACAAGUAAUCGAAAUCACAUUCAGAAUCAAUAACAGAUCUACUUUUUUCAGGUCAGUUUUUUCAACUACUUACCCUACCGCAUGUUGAGUCACAUGACCCCACCUUAUUGAGACUACUUUAUACUUCUGCGUUGAACGCACAGGUAUGGUCCGGCGCAGUACAUUACAUGUGAGCAUAUAUUUUUUGUACAAAACUUAUCAGUGAGCUAUGAGGAUAAAAUAUUAAAUAAAUAAAUAAAAUAAUCGUUCGUUAGUCAUAGCCGAGUUAACAUGUUCAAUUAAUCGAGAUUUAGAUUUUAGGCCAAAUCGCCCAGCCCUAUUUAUAUGUCUAUUAUUAACAUAUCUGUUUAUUUGCACUUAUAAAGUAUGAUCUUAUCACUAAUCCUACCCAAUACCUACAAUAAUAACUAAUAAUAAGCAGGUUAUGAGUUUAUUGAGGCAAAAGUCAUAGUUAAUGGUUUGUUAAUAGUGAGAAUUGUAUCUUAAAUUAAAGUGUGACCCUUUAAAAUUGCAAAUAUGUACAUAUAUGUUCAAAUACAUUGGCUAUAAUUGUAUAUGUAUGUUCAUACUGUAUAUGGCCAUAAAUCAGAUUUCUGUAUGGGUUUUACCUGAAUAUUAUAAUUAAGCAUCAAUAAUGAUAGAAUUUGAUGAUAAUGAUUAAUACUUUGGGAAAAUGACUUAGGAAUGAGACUAUAUUUUAUUUCUUAUGCACUCUUAAACACAAAGGUUCUAAAAGGGCAUUUCCUUUUUAUUCCACAAAGAACUUCUCAGUAAACAGUUCUUAAAGGGACAGUUCAACCAAAAAUGUCAUUUCUGUCAUCCUUUACUCACCCUUCACUUGUUCAAAACGUUUUAGAGUUUCACGAAACACUAAAGAAGAUAUUUUGAAGAAUGUUGUAAAAAUCCAGAAAGCACUGACUUACAUAUAUAUUUUUUCCUACUACACAAAUCGAUGGCUAGCAGUUGCCAACAUUCUUCAAAAUAUCUUCUUUUGUGUUUAACAGAAGAAAGAUAUCUUGAAGAAUGCUGGUUGAUGGUACCCAUUGACUUCCAUCAUAUCUUUUCCUACUAUGGAAGUCAAUAGGUACCAUCAACCAGCAUUCUUCAAAACAUCUUCUUUUGAGUUCAACAGAAGAAAGAAACUCAUGAAACAACAUGAGGGAGAGUAAAUGAUGAGAAUUUUCAUUUUUGGGUGAACUAUCCCUUUAAGAAGCUUCUGUUUCUUAGUGUGAAGAACAUUUAACAACCUGAAUAAGUUUAUCUAUUUAAAAGUGUGGAACUAAAACUUUGUAUAGAUGUUAAAGGCUCUUCACAGAUGCCAAUCAGGAACCUUUAUUUUAUUUUAGAUUGCUCAUAAUGUAUGUGAAUGACUAAUUUUAAAUAAUAUGAGCUGCCUAUUUUAUAUUUCAUACUGAUAUUCAUAUUUUAUAAAGUGCUUCAGUGAUUUUAAAUUAGGAAUUAAGUUAGGAUGUCGAGAUAUACACCAGCCAGACUCGAUUCACAACUAUCCAAACACACUAAACACCAUUCAUUCAAUUCUCCUUCAGCUUAGUGCCUCAUUUAUCAGGGUUCACCACAGCGGAAUGAACCGCCAACUAUUCGGCAUAUGUUUUAUGUAGCGCAUGCCCUUCCAGCUGCAACCUAGUGCUGGGAAACACCCAUACUCUCUCACAUUCACACACGAUGGCCAAUUUAGUUUAUUCAAUUCAUCUAUAGUGCAUGUGUUUGGACUGUGGGGGAAACCGGAGCACCAUGAGGAAACCCACACCAACACGAGGAGAACAUGCAAACUCCAUACAGAAAUGCCAACUGACCCAGCAGGGACUCGAACCAGCAGCCUUCUUGCUGUGAAGUGACAGUGCUUACCACUGAGCCACCAUGCUGCCUCCACACUAAACAUUUGACUCCUAUAGAAGAGCUCUGAUAGGGGUAUUUGAACUACUACAACAUAAUAAAUGAGCUUUUCAGGUUGGCAGUGCCAACAGGUAGUUUUUUUUAAUUCUGUGUACCGUUUUAAUAAGUGCCUGAUUGUAAUUAGUGAUCAUGUGACACACGUUUAUUGAAUAUUAAUGCAAAUACUGUGCAUAUAAUACAAGUAAUCACACUACAAUGUUGGACUAAUAUCAUUUAGCUUAAUUAGAAAGCUGUAAUGCCACUUUUAAUUGCCAUUAUUUUAAGAUUAUUUACCAUUUGAGCCAAAUACAUGUCAACAAUUAGAUCAAUGGUUCUGGGUGUAAAUUGUUUGGGUCUUCUAAAGCAUUUCUGUUGAUGUUGUUCGUUUAGCUUGAACUAUUAAUUAUUUGGUUGGAGUUUAACUUUUUAAUCUGUUAACAUUUUAUAAAUGUUGAGUUCAUAUUUGCACAAGAUCUUUAAUGUCAUCUUAAAGGGAUAGUUCAGCUGAAAAUGAACAUUUAUUCACUCUUAAGUGAUGUAAAACCUUUAUGAGUUUCCUUUUUCUGUUGAACACAACAUAAGAUAUCAUGCAGGGGUGCGUUUACCAAACAACGACGUAACUCUGGGCUGAACUAUUAUAGUACGAUGCAUCGUUUGGGAAAAGAACAAUGUAGUGAUGAGUGUUUCCCAAAACCCAUAGUUUCUCUGUCGCAGAUCCAUCGCUUGAACCACGUUAGUUAUAACGUAAAACGCCCAUAAUGAUGCUCUAAACGGGGCGGAGGAACUACUACUUUAGAGAAGAACCCCAUCAUUUCUUUGUGCAAAUUAUAUUGUUUUAUACGCACACACAUUUAAAAUAAAAAACAAUAUUAGUUUUGGUAAAAACAUGCACUCGCUUUCUAUAUUACUUGAAAUAUAUGUAAACGGCACAUAUAGAGCCUGUGUUUCCUUUACAGAUAUUAUUGAGAACAUUACAUAGUCUAUUCUAAAUUAACAUAAAAUCACUUACAAAAGCGAACACAUACUCUAAUACCAUAUAUAAAUCAUAUAAAUAAAUAAUGAGGCUAUUUAUUAAGAAAUGAAAUGUAAUAUUUAUUAGGAAAUGAAGAAAAUCCUACUUUAAUAAUAUUAUUAAUAAUAUUAAUGAUGAUGAUGAUGAUGAUUAUUAUUUUAUUAUUCAGUAGGAUAUUGUUUAUUUAUUUUACAUUUUUGGAAAAGUCUACUUUUACAAUUUGACACAUGUAAACCACUGCAGAAAUGUUCUGAUCAGCAGGACCAUGUCAUAUACAGGACAUAUACUUAAUAAAUAACCUACUGUAAAUAAAAGCAUUAACGUAUGCUGUGUUUAUUGUUUUCACAAGGUUUGGAGCUGUAACAUAAAUUCCGUAUUUAAAUAAUAGGUCACCUAUAGCUUUCCUUAUGAGCCACGGCUGUUCAAAAUGACAUCAAUGUUUUCAAAGUGCACUGCGAAGGGAGCGCAGUUGUAAACAUGAAGAUCGCUAAAACAGAACUGUAAAAAUAGUUUGAAAGUAAAUUACACCUAAGAGAGAUGACUUUAAUGCUCUUUUAUUAAUAAUUCCAAGUUUAAAUGUUAGAAUGUUCUAACUGUAUAGGUCAUAGGGCUGAUAACUGGGAAUAGCACACAGCCAGAAACUAUGCUUCUAACUACAGCUCCAGAGGUGUAGUUGCAAGCAAGGUUGCGACUCAGUUUGCGAAUGUUCGUUGAAACGACGGAUUUGGGAAACGGCAAAUCAACAAACUAUGUUUGCAACGACACAACUUGCGACCUUAGUUAGCUAAUGAUGGUUUUCGGAAACGCACCCCAGAAUGACAGAAACCAGUAACCAUUAACUUCCAUAGUGGGAAAAACAAAUACUAUGGAAGUCAAUGGUUACCACUUAGUUUUUUCUAAUUAACUUAUUUUUGUUCAACAGAAAUAAAGAAACUCAAACUGAUUUUUGACUAGAGAAAGUGAAUAAAUUAACUACCCCUUAGUUUAAUUUAAUGAACUAUCCCUUUAUAAAUGCAUGCAAAUAACCUCGAUGUUGGAGAUUCCUACUGUUCUGCUAAUAAACUGAUGCAGAUUCCUGAUCUUCCAGGUUUGCUCUGACAUGAAAACCUUAA